AUCCAUUCAGCACCCUCAGCUAUUUCUAGAUGUUUAGAACGUUACAUAUUGACAGUGAAUGGCAGAAUCGUACGGAACUGCCUUUAUGAAUGUAUGAACUGAAUCUCACGGCAUCAACUCCCUAUCCGUCCUAUGUGGUGAAGCCGGCAGAGAAGUUUGAACCUGUGGUACAGGCAGCGAGCCGCCCUUUUCUCGGUGCUCCCCCUGGUGUUCUGCAGAUGGCUUAGGAGAUGCAUUCAUUUACUGGUUCUUUCUGGAAAACUGCAGCAGUUUACUCCAGCAUCCAAGCUCAUCAGCUCUCGUCCCUAAUCUUUCCAGUUCGGUGAGGAUUUUGCUCGCUGUGCCACAAGCACACGCACACACAUAUGUAGAAAAAUAUGUACACAAACUAAGAACGUGCUAAUGAAUGUAACUAUCAGUCUCCCAUCACCGUCCUAUUGUUGUUAAGACUGAUUGCAGGAUCUCCGAGCUGAACAGCGCUUCGACCUGAGCUGGAGAUAUUGCACGGGGAAGGAGAUUGCAGUUUACGAGAGGAAAUGUUUCGUUUGCGGUUAGAAGUUGACGAAAGGGUAUCUAGUGAAAGGUUAGGAAGUCCAACACCGAAUCUUAACAUAUUUGUCUGCAGCUGGUAGGAUCUUUCCUCUGAUUCCUGAUUCUGGGCAAUGAACCACAAUUCAAGGUGACAAGAACUAACUGGAGACUGAAGCCGUGCCAGGUGGUGAGGAAAAUUAUUUUGUCGAUGUUACACAAAAACAAGAUUGUGAAGAACACUCAGGACUUUGACGUUGAAGUAAUAAUAAUUAAACUCACUCUUCAGUUGACAAAAGAAACAGUGGAAAUCUUCUGCCAUGUUUUGGAAAUUGUAAGCAUUUGUGUUCUGGACAUUAAACAAUGAGCUUCUCAAACUCCACAAAUGAAUCAUGUCAAGGACGAUCCAAAACGUUUACUGAAAGGACUGCUAUUGCUUCAAUUCUGUCUUUAAUUGCAAUUCUAGCAACUUUGUUGAAUUCUGCUGUAAUGGUUGCUAUUUGUAUUACAAAGAAAUUGCACCAACCUGCAAACUAUCUCAUAUGUUCCCUAGCUCUGACAGACCUCCUUGUUGCUAUUCUAGUAAUGCCUAUCAGUAUUAUAUACAUUACCACUGAUGCUUGGGUUUUGGGUUACAUUGUUUGUGAGGCAUGGUUGAGUUUGGACAUGACAUUCUGUACAUGCUCAAUCCUUCAUCUGUGUGUGAUUGCUCUGGAUAGAUACUGGGCCAUCACGGAUGCCAUAGAAUAUGCUCCAAAAAGGACUGCCAAGCGUGCGGGAGUCAUGAUACUGGCUGUAUGGACUAUUUCUGUUUUCAUAUCCAUGCCACCCCUGUUUUGGAGGAGCCACAAUGUUAACUCUACAGGGAAAAAGUGCAUAAUUCAGCAUGACCUUGUGAUCUACACCAUUUAUUCAACAUUUGGAGCUUUUUACAUUCCAUCAGCUUUAAUUCUCAUCCUUUACUACCGUAUCUACCAUGCUGCCAAGAACCUUUACCAGAAACGUGGUUCCAGCCGCCACUUUACUGGUCGCAACAGUGAAAGCCAAAUCUACAUGAGCUAUAAUCUGACACAUACCUUUUGUGUAUCUGAUCUACACAACUCUGAACCUGCACUGAAGUUUCACAAUGAUCACCUGAUGGUCAGGGUCCCAACACUCGAAAAUGGGCAGGGGAGUAUGGAAGAGCGCCAGCAAAUCUCUAACUCAAGGGAACGGAAAGCAGCUCGCAUUUUGGGACUCAUUCUUGGGGCUUUCAUUAUCUGCUGGCUGCCCUUUUUCAUCAAAGAGCUCUGUGUGGGACUGCACCUUUGUGUCGUUUCUCCAGUAGUUGCUGAUUUUUUAACUUGGUUAGGCUAUAUCAAUUCUUUAAUUAACCCUCUCUUGUACACAAGUUUCAAUGAAGAUUUCAAGUUAGCCUUCCGGAAGCUUAUAAGAUGCAAAAAACAUGGUUAAAGAUUCCCUGAACAAGGGGGUUACAUGUCUUAUACAGAAUGUGCUUUUAUUAUUUGAGUAUUUGUUUUUGCAGUUGUUGAAAGAACAUUAAAUUAGCUUUUUUUAUUUGUAUCGGUGCUUUUUUGUUAUAUUAGUAUCUUCUGAAGUCUGGAAAAUGUUUUAAAUUACUAAAGCGACUGUUUCUCUCUUGCAAUGAAAUUACAAUUUACAAAGCACCUUUAAAAAUUUCCCAAGGCGCUGCAGAACAGCAUGAUAGAACAAAAUAUGACACCAAGCCACAUAAGGCCACAUAUUAGGUCAGGUGACCAAGAGAUAGGUUUUAAACA